UUGCAUUUCAAGCACCAGGUCUGCAGGUGGUGCUUUAAAAGUCAUAACCUAACAUUUCGACAAAAUGGCAGACGUAGUUCAGGUGUUUAAUUGUUUUUAUUGUAAAUCAAAAAAUUUAACGUGGACGGAAGUUGAAAAGCACCGAUGUUUUGCUGGCAAAUGUUUAUUAAGCAUAGGGGCAAACAAUGUAAUUUAUUGUGAUGAAGAUAUCACUGCUGGUGGAGCACCUGACGAAGUUGUAACAGAAACACAAGAAGACUCGCAAGAAGAUGCUUUGUGUGAUAAGGAAAAUGCAACUGUUUCGAUGGAAAAUGACAAUGCAAAGUGGUCUCACUCUGCAAUAUUAAUGCUAAUUGAUGAAUACCGAAAACAUAAGAAUGACUUAGAAAAAAAGAACUCCUUAAAACGACAUAUUUGGAAAAAGAUAGCUACCAAUAUAAAUAAUGAAGAGUCCAGUUCUUACACAUGGGACCAGAUACAAAAUAAGUGGAAAAGUUUGUUACGUACAUACAAAAAUGUAAAAGACCACAAUAAUGAAACAGGCAGAGGGCGCAAAAAUUGGCAGUACUUUGAUCUUAUGGAUGAACUUCUGAAAGGGAAUCCAACUGUUCAACCACCAGUAGUAAUUAAUAAUGGCGAGAUAACAGUGUGUAGUGGUAGUCAACCAUCCAUGUCAGCAGAAGAUUCUCCUCGAAAUACACGGUCCAACACUCCAGAGAGCAGUAACAGAAAAAGGAAGUCGUCAUGUGAUAUGUCCGAUUUAUUAAACUCUAUAUUAAAGCAAAACAAACAACAACAUGAAGAAGAGAUGGUGGAGAAACGCCGUUUCAAUACUCUCUUAGAAAAAUUAGUAAAUAAUAUUCUAAACAAGGAGCAAGAAUAAAUGUAUAUUAGUUCUUAUAUCUUAAUAUAACAUUACACGUUUACAGUUUAUUCAUAAUAGCAA